AUGGCAGCCUCGAGGCCGGUGCUGUCGCUGCUGGUGGCAGCUCUCCUGCUGCACGUGGCCACCUCGCUGAAGAUUGGUGCCUUCAACAUCAGAGCCUUUGGGGACACCAAGAUGGCCAACCAGACCGUUGCAAACAUCAUCGUCUCUAUCCUGUCAGAGUACGACGUCGUGCUGGUGCAGGAGGUGCGGGAUGCCGACCUGAGCGCUGUCAAUGACCUCAUGGAGCAGCUCAACAGUGCUGGGAAACACCCCUAUGACUUUUUGAUCAGCGUCCCCCUGGGUCGGGGCACCUACAAGGAGCAGUACCUCUUCAUCUACAGGUCAGACAUGGUCUCCGUGCUGGGAAGCUACUACUACGAUGAUGGUUGUGAAUCCUGUGGGACCGACACCUUCAGCAGGGAGCCCUUCAUUGUGAAGUUCUCCUCACCCACCACACAGGUGCAGCAGUUCGUGUUGGUGCCUCUGCAUUCGGAGCCCAGCCACGCAAGACAGGAGAUCGAUGCGCUCUACGACGUCUACACCGAUGUCAUCAACAAGUGGGGGACCAAUGACAUGAUCUUCAUGGGUGAUUUCAACGCUGACUGCUCGUACGUGACGAGCUCCCAGUGGCCGUCCAUCCGCCUGCGCUCCCUGAGCGCCUGCGAGUGGCUGAUCCCCGACAGCGCCGACACCACCGUGGCCGACACCGACUGCGCCUACGACCGCAUUGUGGCCUGCGGCACCGCCCUGCGCCAAGACAUUGAACCUGGCUCCGCCACGAUCAACAACUUCCAGAGGAAAUUCCAGCUCCAGCUCAAGGAUGCUUUGGCUGUCAGCGACCAUUUCCCAGUGGAGGUGACCCUGAAAGCCCUCUGAGCCUGUCCCACCAGUGGCUACCAGGACACCUCAGCACACACCUGCAUCUCUCGUGGGAGCCCACUUGCUGCUGGUGCCAGCCAAGCUGCCCACUGUCCCUGCAAGGAGUCCUUGAGCUCCUGCGGAAGUUUUUUGCUUUCUGCUUCCAUUAAAAAUGAGCCUUUCCUGCAUCUGCAGCUCUGGAAGGGAGGUUCCUUCA